AUGCCAGGGCCCUCGCCAGGGCUGCGCCGGGCGCUGCUCGGACUCUGGGCUGCCCUGGGCCUGGGGCUCAUCAGCCUCUCAGAUGCCAGGGAGGUGGCUUCCCGGGCUGAGCUCCCAUUUCUCCGGGCAGCGGUCGCGCAGGAGCCUCUCUGGGCGGACCUGCAGCCCCGCGUGGCGCUCGUGGAGCGCGGGGGAUCGCUGUGGCUGAAUUGUAGCACCAACUGCCCGCGGCCCGAGCGCGGUGGCCUGGAGACCUCGCUGCGCCGGAAUGGGACCCAGAGGGGUUUGCGCUGGCUGGCGCGGCAGCUGGUAGACAUCCGCGAGCCGGAGACCCAGCCAGUCUGCUUCUUCCGCUGCGCGCGGCGCACAUUGCAGGCUCGUGGGCUCAUUCGUACUUUUCAGCGGCCUGAUCGUGUAGAGCUGAUGCCCCUGCCUACCUGGCAGCUUGUGGGCGAGAACUUCACCCUGAGCUGUAGGGUCCCUGGCGCUGGACCUCGUGGGAGCCUCGCAAUGACCCUGCUGCGGGGCGCCCAGGAGCUGAUCCGCCGCAGCUUCUCCGGAGAGUCGCCCCGAGCGCGGGGCGCGGUGCUGACGGCCACAGUGCUGGCGCGGAGGGAGGACCACGGGGCCAAUUUCUCGUGCCGCGCGGAGCUGGACCUGCGGCCCCACGGGCUGGGGUUGUUUGAAAAGAGCUCGGCCCCCAGAAUGCUCCGAACCUUCGCACUGCCUCCGGAACCCCCGCGUCUCGCUGCGCCCCGGCUCUUGGAAGUGGGCUCGGAAAGACAUGUGAACUGCUCCCUGGAUGGGCUGUUUCCAGCUUCGGAAGCCCGGGUCUACCUGGCGCUGGGGGACCAGAGGCUGAGUCCUGAUAUCAUCCUCGAGGGGGACACGCUCAGGGCCACUGCCGCAGCCACAGCCAGCGCGGAGCAGGAGGGCGCCAGGCAGCUGGUCUGCAACGUCACCCUGGGGGGCGAGAACCGAGAGACCUGGGAGACAGUGACUGUCUACAGCUUCCCCGCCCCCGUCCUGACCCUCAGCGAGCCCAGGGUCCCUGAGGGGAAGAUGGUGACAGUAACCUGCGCUGCAGAGGCCGGAGCUCUGGUCACUCUGGAUGGAGUUCCAGCCACAGCCCCGGGACAGCCCGUCCAGCUCCAGCUAAACGCCACCGCGAACGACGACAGACGCGGCUUCUUCUGCCACGCCGCCCUCGAGGUCGACGGGGAGAUCCUGAGCAAGAACGAGAGCACUGAACUCCGAGUCCUGUACGCUCCCCGGCUGGACGAUUCGGACUGUCCCAGGAGCUGGACACGGCCGGAGGGUCCAGAGCAGACGCUGCGUUGUGAGGCCCGGGGAAACCCAGCGCCCUCUGUGCGCUGCGCCCGGCCCGACGGCGGGGCCGUGCUGGCGCUGGGCCUGCCGGGUCCCAUCGCUCGCGCGCUGGCGGGCACUUACCGCUGCACCGCGGCCAAUGUCCAGGGCCAAGCAGUCAAGGACGUGACGCUGACCGUGGAGUACGCACCAGCGCUGGACACCGUGGGCUGCCCAGAACGUAUCACAUGGCUGGAAGGAACAGAGGCCUCGCUGAGCUGUGUGGCACACGGGGUGCCGCCGCCCAACGUGAGCUGUGUGCGCUCUGGGGAGUCUGAGGUUAUGGAGGGCAUGCUGCGUGUGGCUCGGGAGCAUGCAGGCACCUACCGCUGUGAAGCCACCAAUGCUCGAGGCUCUGCGGCCAAAAAUGUGGCCAUCACAGUGGAAUACGGCCCCAGUUUUGAGGAGCUGAGCUGCCCCAGCAAUUGGACAUGGGUGGAAGGAUCUGAACGGCUAUUUUCUUGUGAGGUUGAUGGGAAGCCACAGCCAAGAGUGGAGUGCAUUGGCUCCAGGGGCACCAGUGAAAGGGUGCUGCUGCCACUGGCACCCCCAGGCCCCAGUCCCAGAGCCCCCAGAAUUCCUAGUGAACUUGCCUCUGGUAUCUACACCUGCAAUGCCACCAACCGGCAUGGCUCCAUGGUCAAGAUGGUGGCCGUGAGCGUGGAGUCACCUCCAAAAAUGGAUGAGUCCACCUGUCCGAGUCACCAGACAUGGCUGGAAGGGGCUGAGGCUGCCGUGCCGGCUUGCACCGCCCUGGGUCGCCCCUCCCCACAAGUGAGCUGCUCCCGGGAGGGUGGCCCUUGGCCUCAGCGGAUGCACGUGUCCCGACAGGAUGCGGGCAUCUACCUCUGCUUAGCCACCAAUGUGCAUGGCACUGACGCCCGGACCAUCACCGUGGGCGUGGAAUACCAGCCGGUGGUGGCUGAACUGGCUGCCUCGCCUCCAGGAGGUGUGCGGCCAGGUGGAAACUUCACGUUGACCUGCCGUGCUGAGGCCUGGCCCCCUGCCCAGAUCAGCUGGCGCGCACCCCCAGGGGCACUCAACAUCGGCCUGUCCAGCAACAACAGCACACUGAGCGUGGCAGGUGCCCUGGGUAGCCACGGAGGAGAGUAUGAGUGCUCAGCCACCAAUAUGCAUGGGCGCCACACUCGGCGCAUCACCAUACGUGUGGCCGGUCCGUGGCUGUGGGUCGCCGUGGGCGGUGCGGUGGGGGGCGCAGUGCUGCUGGCCGCGGGGGCUGGCCUGGCCUUCUACGUGCAGUCCACCGCCUGCAAGAAGGGAGAGUAUAACGUGCAGGAGGCCGAGAGCUCGGGUGAGGCUGUCUGUCUUAACGGUGCGGGUGGUGGCACAGGCGGAAAUGCCAGUGCCCAAGGUGGAACAGAACCUGAUGGUACCGUAGAGACGCCGGCAGGGGGCGAGGUCUUCUCCAUCCAGCUGACAUCAGCGUGAGCCCACUACCCUCUCCCCGCAGGCCGGGGACACCCCCCAGACACAUAGGGGGCUUACUGUUCUAUUUAUUCAUUCGUUUAUUUAUGUAUUCAACUCUAGGAUGUC